CCUUGACUGAUACCUCUGCGUCCAAAUAUCAACAAAGUGAACAAACCAUUCCUCUUCUCUCUUCCAUCACUUUCCUGAACCCUUCUUCCAUUUCCAAUUCCAAAGCAUUCAAAUGGCAGCUUUUUCAUACCAGCAACCUUUUCUUCUUGACUCUCUUUUCAUGCCAAACACUCCCUUUAAGUUUCCUGGAUUUUCCGAGGAACCAAACAACACCCCUACCUGUUUUUAUCAUUUAUACCAACCUGAAACUCUUCGGGAUAUUGCUGAGGAAUUUAGUGUCCCUGAAAGUAGCUGCUUUGAGCAUAGCACAAAAGUUGCUCUUAGCAAUAAUGAACCCUCUGUGACAAACAAACAUAGCCCAGAUUCCUCAUCAGUCAUUGAUAAACUAGAGAGUGGUGAACAAGUCACUCAGAAGCUGACCCCUAUGGAGAAGAAGAGGAGGUGCGCGGAUGGCUCUUCUUUGAGUUCUGCUCAGUCUAAGGGUGCAAGAGUAAUGAAAGGGAAGAAGCAAAAGAUGAGCAAUGGUGGAAUGAAAGAAGGUGAAGAAAAGAAGCAUAGAGCUGAUAAAAAGGAUAAGAACAAAGUUGCUGAAGAAGCUCCUAUAGGCUACAUUCAUGUAAGAGCAAGGAGGGGCCAAGCAACAGACAGUCACAGCCUCGCAGAGAGGGUGAGGAGAGAGAAAAUAAGUGAGAGGAUGAAGUUGUUGCAAGCUCUUGUUCCUGGGUGCGACAAGGUGACUGGAAAGGCCCUGAUGUUGGAUGAAAUAAUUAACUAUGUCCAGUCCCUACAAAAUCAAGUAGAGUUCCUUUCUAUGAAGCUUGGUUUCAUGAAUCCCAUGUUCUACGACUUUGGAAUGGACUUUGAUGCUCUCAUGGUUAAACCUGAGAAGUUGAGCAGCUUGGCAUCACCCCUACCAAAUGUGUUGCAAUGUAGCUCUACCCAGCCCACAGUAUUUUCUGAUACAACCAAUACCACCUUUAGCUCAGCCAACAACCACCCUCUUCUGAACACGUCUACUUCAGUUCUGUUUCAAGAAGGGCAGGGGCCAAAUAGCCUCUCUCAGGCUAAUGGACAGCUCUUGUGGGAUGUGGAUGGCCACAGCCCAAAACUUCUAAAUCAAUCUGGUUUCACCAACAACUUGUGUUCUUUCAAUUAAUAUGAGACCAAAGCUGCCCUACAAACAUCUGGUAAGCCCUCAAUCCUUGUCUGAAUAGCUAUAAU